AUGGCAGACAAGGAGAGCGUGGAGAAGUACCUGGAGAACAACCCGCAGUUCGCCAAAGAGUACUUCGAACGGAAGCUACGGCCCGAGGUGCUCACGGCGGCCUUCUCCGGCAACCUGGAAAUCAAGGAUCCUGCCUCGUACAAGGACCUCAGCCUGAUCCAGGAGGCCGAGCUCAUAUUCGACAUCGUCAAAGAGCUGCAGACGCCCACGUGCAUGGAGAAGUCGAUGCACAAGAUCCUGCAGAGGAUCUGCCUGGUCCUGAGCGCGGACAGGUGCAGCAUGUUCGUGUGCAGGUCGAGGAACGGAAUACCGGAGCUUUCCACGGUGCUCUUCGACGUGACGCCGACCUCGACCUUCGAGCAGAACCUCGUGAAUCCGAACGCCGAGAUAGUGUUCCCCUUGGAGAUCGGCAUAGUGGGCUUCACGGCGCAGUCCAAGAAGAUGCACAACGUCCCCGACGUCAAGCAGAACUCGCACUUCAGCGACUUCGUGGACAAGCAGACGGGAUACACGACCAAGAACAUGCUGGUGUGCCCGCUCAUGAGUGAUAAAGACCCCCUCGCUGUCAUCAUGGCUUUGAACAAAGUGGGUGCAAACCAGUUCUCCAAAGAAGAUGAGGAGCUCUUCACAAAAUACUUAAAUUUUGCAUCGGUUGUCGUGAUCCAGCAUUACACGGCCUACAUGUGGAACGUCGAGUCCCGAAGGAGUCAGGUGCUGCUGUGGUCGGCAAGCAAAGUAUUCGAAGAGCUGACAGACAUCGAGCGACAGUUUCACAAAGCUUUAUACACCGUGAGAACGUACCUCCAGUGUGAACGAUACUCUGUUGGCCUCCUGGAUAUGACCAAGGAAAAGGAAUUCUACGACGAAUGGCCCGUCAAACUUGGCGAAGUUGAACCUUACAAGGGCCCAAAGACGCCGGACGGCAGAGAAGUGAACUUCUACAAGAUCAUUGAUUAUCUUUUGGAAGGAAAGGAAGAAAUUAAAGUCAUUCCGACCCCCCCUGUGGAUCACUGGGCCCUAGUCAGCGGUCUUCCAACCUACGUCUCAGAAAAUGGAUUUAUCUGCAACAUGAUGAAUGCCCCUGCAGAUGAGUACUUCACUUUCCAGAAAGAUGCUGUGGAUGAGUCCGGUUGGAAGAUAAGGAAUGUCCUGUCCCUUCCGAUCGUCAACAAAAAGGAGGAAAUUGUGGGCAUAGCCACGUUCUACAACAGAAAGGAUGGAAAACCAUUCGAUGAGUACGAUGAACAGAUUACGGAGGCGCUCACGCAGUUCUUGGGAUGGUCCGUCUUGAACUGCGACACCUACGACAAGCUGAACCGCAUGGAGCACCGCAAGGACAUCGCCCAGGAGAUGCUCAUGUACCAGACCAAGUGCACAAAGCAGGAGCUCCAGUCCAUUUUGAACACUAAAGAGAAGUUUGACAUGGAGCCCGAGGACUGCGAUCAGAAGCAAAUGUACAAGCUCUUGAGAGCAACUAUUCCCGAGUGUAAAGACGUGGACUUGCUGGAGUUCUCCUUCAGCGACUUCCCCGUGACUGAGCAUGACCUCAUCAAAUGCGGCAUUCGGUGCUUCUUCGAGCUCAACGUUGUGGAGAAGUUCAAAGUCCCCGCAGAGGUUUUGACUCGAUGGAUGUACACUGUGCGCAAAGGAUACCGCGACAUCACCUACCACAACUGGAGACACGGGUUCAAUGUGGGCCAGACCAUGUUCUGCCUGUUACAAACCGGACGACUGAGGAAAUAUUACUCUGACCUGGAUGCAUUUGCUAUGGUAGCAGCUGCAUUUUGCCACGACAUCGAUCACAGGGGAACCAACAAUCUAUACCAGACAAAGAGCGCAUCACCGCUGGCCAAACUGCAUGGAUCUUCCAUUAUGGAGAGGCAUCACCUUGAGUACAGCAAGACGCUCAUGGCAGACGAGAGCCUCAACAUCUUUCAGAACCUUCAGAAGCGUCAGUUUGAGACGGUGCAGCACCUGUUUGACGUCUGUAUCAUUGCCACGGACUUGGCAUUGUACUUCAAAAAGAGAACGAUGUUCCAGAAGAUUGUUGAUGCCACAGAGCCGAUGGCGGAGGAGCAAGAAGCCAUCAACUACGUCGUGAGCAACCCCGUCAGGAAGGAAGUUAUUAUGGCAAUGAUGAUGACCGGUUGUGAUCUCUCUGCCAUCACAAAACCAUGGGAGGUCCAGAGCAAAGUGGCCCUCAUGGUGGCAGCUGAAUUCUGGGAGCAAGGUGACCUGGAGAGGACCGUGCUGGACCAGCAGCCCAUUCCCAUGAUGGACAGAAACAAGGCAGAUGAGCUCCCGAAAAUGCAGUGCGGAUUCAUUGACUUUGUGUGUUCCUUUGUGUACAAGGAGUUCUCCCGGUUCCACAAAGAAAUCACGCCAAUGUUUGAUGGCCUCAACAACAACAGGACGCACUGGAAGGAACUGGCUGACAUUUAUCAGGCCAAAGUGGACGCAAUUGAGGCGGAGAAGAAGAAGCUGGAAGAGGCGGAGGCCAAAAAAGCUGGUGGAGGUGACGGAGGAGGGGAAGGAGGGAAGUCCAAAACUUGCACCAUAUUCUAG